UCGGCAGUGGCGGCGGCGGCGGUGAAGGUGCGGAGGCUGCGCGCGGGGCCCGCUCGUCUCUCGGCCGUCGCCGCGUCAGUGUCCGUGUCCGUGUCCGUGUCCGCGGCCGCCCGGGCCUCUCGCCCCCCCCUCGACCCCCCGCCCCGCUCCGCCCCCGGCUCGCCCGGCCCGGCCUCCGGCCUCGACAUGUCGUACAACUACGUGGUGACGGCGCAGAAGCCCACGGCCGUCAACGGCUGCGUGACGGGUCACUUCACUUCUGCCGAAGACUUGAAUCUGCUGAUUGCCAAAAACACCCGGCUGGAGAUCUAUGUGGUCACCGCAGAGGGGCUGCGGCCCGUUAAGGAGGUGGGCAUGUAUGGCAAAAUUGCUGUUAUGGAGCUCUUCCGGCCCAAGGGGGAGAGCAAGGACCUUCUCUUCAUCCUGACAGCCAAAUACAACGCCUGCAUCCUGGAGUAUAAGCAGAGUGGGGAGAGCAUUGACAUCAUCACCCGAGCUCAUGGCAACGUCCAGGAUCGCAUCGGUCGUCCCUCUGAGACUGGGAUUAUCGGCAUCAUUGACCCCGAGUGCCGGAUGAUCGGCUUGCGCCUCUAUGAUGGCCUCUUUAAAGUUAUCCCUCUGGACCGCGACAAUAAAGAAUUGAAGGCCUUCAACAUUCGUCUGGAGGAGCUGCAAGUCAUUGAUGUCAAGUUCCUGUACGGUUGCCAGGCCCCUACCAUCUGCUUUGUUUAUCAGGACCCCCAGGGACGGCAUGUCAAGACCUAUGAAGUAUCUCUUCGAGAGAAGGAGUUCAAUAAAGGCCCUUGGAAGCAGGAAAAUGUGGAGGCGGAGGCUUCAAUGGUGAUUGCAGUGCCCGAGCCUUUUGGAGGUGCAAUCAUUAUUGGCCAAGAAUCCAUCACGUAUCACAAUGGCGAUAAGUACCUGGCCAUUGCCCCUCCCAUCAUCAAGCAAAGCACGAUUGUGUGCCACAAUCGAGUCGAUCCAAAUGGUUCCCGAUACCUGCUGGGAGACAUGGAAGGCCGUCUCUUCAUGCUGCUUCUAGAGAAGGAGGAGCAGAUGGACGGCACAGUGACCCUGAAGGACCUUCGGGUGGAGCUUCUUGGAGAGACCUCCAUCGCUGAAUGCCUGACAUACCUGGACAAUGGGGUGGUGUUUGUUGGCUCCCGCCUUGGCGAUUCUCAGCUUGUAAAGCUCAACGUAGACAGCAACGAGCAAGGCUCCUACGUUGUGGCCAUGGAGACCUUUACCAACCUAGGUCCCAUUGUGGACAUGUGUGUUGUGGACCUGGAAAGGCAGGGCCAGGGCCAGCUGGUCACGUGUUCUGGGGCUUUUAAGGAAGGCUCCUUGCGGAUCAUUCGGAAUGGGAUCGGGAUCCAUGAACAUGCCAGCAUUGACCUGCCAGGCAUCAAAGGCUUAUGGCCUCUCAGGUCUGACUCUAGCCGAGAAACUGAUGACACCUUGGUGCUGUCCUUUGUGGGCCAGACGAGAGUUCUGAUGUUGAAUGGUGAGGAGGUGGAGGAAACGGAGCUGACUGGCUUUGUGGAUGAUCAGCAGACUUUCUUCUGCGGAAACGUGGCUCAUCAGCAGCUGAUCCAGAUCACCUCUGCCUCUGUGCGGCUCGUUAGCCAGGAGCCCAAAGCCCUAGUGAGUGAAUGGAAGGAGCCUCAGGGCAGGAACAUCAGCGUGGCCUCCUGUAACAGCAGCCAGGUGGUGGUGGCCGUGGGCAGGGCCCUCUACUACCUGCAGAUUCAUCCUCAGGAACUCAGGCAGAUAAGCCAUACGGAGAUGGAGCAUGAGGUGGCGUGCUUGGACAUCACCCCUCUGGGGGACAGCAGUGGGAUGUCUCCCCUCUGUGCCAUUGGCCUCUGGACCGACAUCUCUGCCCGUAUCUUGAAGCUUCCCUCUUUUGAGCUGUUGCACAAGGAGAUGCUUGGGGGAGAGAUCAUUCCUCGGUCCAUCCUGAUGACCACCUUUGAGAGUAGCCACUACCUCCUCUGCGCCUUGGGUGAUGGCGCCCUCUUCUACUUUGGACUCAGCAUUGAGACAGGCCUGUUGAGUGACCGGAAGAAGGUGACCCUCGGGACGCAGCCCACGGUGCUGAGAACGUUUCGCUCCCUCUCCACCACCAACGUCUUUGCUUGUUCUGACCGUCCCACCGUCAUCUACAGCAGCAAUCACAAGUUAGUCUUCUCCAACGUCAACCUCAAGGAGGUCAACUACAUGUGUCCCCUCAACUCUGACGGCUACCCUGACAGCCUGGCCUUGGCCAACAACAGCACCCUCACCAUCGGCACCAUUGACGAAAUCCAGAAGCUGCACAUCCGCACCGUGCCUCUCUAUGAGUCUCCCAGAAAGAUUUGCUACCAGGAAGUGUCGCAGUGCUUUGGGGUCCUCUCGAGUCGAAUUGAGGUGCAGGAUGCCAGCGGAGGGACGACGGCCCUGCGGCCCAGCGCGAGCACCCAGGCCUUGUCCAGCAGCGUCAGCUCCAGCAAGCUGUUCUCCAGCAGCACAGCCCCUCAUGAGACGUCCUUUGGAGAAGAGGUUGAGGUGCACAACCUUCUCAUCAUUGACCAGCACACCUUUGAAGUGCUCCAUGCCCACCAGUUCCUACAGAACGAGUAUGCUCUCAGCCUGGUCUCCUGCAAGCUUGGCAAAGACCCCAACACGUACUUCAUCGUGGGCACUGCCAUGGUGUAUCCGGAAGAGGCUGAGCCCAAGCAGGGUCGAAUUGUCGUUUUCCAGUACUCAGAUGGCAAACUACAGACUGUAGCUGAGAAGGAAGUAAAAGGUGCCGUGUACUCCAUGGUGGAAUUCAAUGGGAAGCUCUUGGCCAGCAUCAACAGUACGGUGCGGCUCUAUGAGUGGACAGCCGAGAAGGAGCUCAGGACAGAGUGCAAUCACUACAACAACAUCAUGGCCCUGUACCUGAAGACCAAGGGGGAUUUCAUUCUGGUUGGCGACUUGAUGCGCUCGGUGCUGCUUCUGGCCUACAAGCCCAUGGAGGGCAACUUCGAAGAGAUCGCCCGGGACUUUAACCCCAAUUGGAUGAGCGCCGUAGAGAUCUUAGAUGAUGACAACUUCCUGGGCGCUGAGAAUGCUUUUAACUUGUUUGUGUGUCAGAAGGACAGUGCUGCCACCACUGACGAGGAACGGCAACAUCUGCAGGAGGUGGGGCUCUUCCACCUGGGGGAGUUUGUCAACGUCUUCUGCCAUGGCUCUCUGGUGAUGCAGAACCUGGGUGAGACCUCCACCCCCACGCAAGGCUCCGUGCUCUUUGGAACAGUCAAUGGCAUGAUCGGGCUGGUGACCUCACUGUCAGAAAGCUGGUACAAUCUCCUCUUGGACAUGCAGAACCGACUCAAUAAAGUCAUCAAAAGUGUUGGCAAGAUCGAGCACUCCUUCUGGAGAUCGUUUCAUACUGAACGCAAGACGGAGCCAGCUACAGGUUUCAUUGAUGGAGAUCUGAUUGAAAGUUUCCUGGAUAUCAGCCGACCCAAGAUGCAGGAAGUUGUGGCUAACUUACAGUAUGAUGACGGCAGCGGUAUGAAGCGAGAAGCCACCGCAGAUGACCUGAUCAAGGUCGUGGAGGAGCUGACCCGGAUCCAUUAGCCAGUCGGCCGCGGUCCAACCUUCCUAGCACCUCUCUCCAUGUUUGCGCCUGGAGUCUUCCCCCACCCCCUUCUUUCUUUAGCAGGGAGGGGGGGGCCCUGUCCAACAGCCCCAAGAGCCACACUUUGCCCUGUGUGGCAGCGGGGUCCUUUUCGGAACAAAAGCCAGCUCACUAGAGAUAUUGGAAAUGGGCUGGGGGUGACACCGCUCUCAUGCCUGGGUUUUCAGCUGUCGCCAGGGACCACCAAGCCUUGGUCUUGACCAAUUGACCUCUUUGGUAGCUCUUGGGCUGAAGGGAAGAUCCGUGACUCUCACUCAUUCACUGUUCUCUAGGAUCUUUGGAUUUGGAUUUGCUGGGAGUGGGGGUGGGCAGGGCUCAUUGUCUUUGAGGCCAGGUCCUCCUCUUAGCCUCCCGCUGCUGCCUCCCAGAGCUUCCCUUGUUCAGGCCUGGACUCCCAGGCAGUGGGGCGGGAGAUCCCCAGGCUCACUGCAGAGCUGCUGCCUUCAGGGACAGAGAGAGUGGGGGAAGCAAACGGGUUGUUGGUUUCUGAGUUUUACCAAAUAAAGUAGAAUCCAAGAGGAAAA